GGAAUGCUUUCUAAUAAACUCUUAAAAUUCUAAAAGUAAAUAGUGCAGUAAAUACUAGUCCGAGACUCCAACUUUUAAAGUCAAAUUAUGCCGCCAACUUCAAGGGCCGCGAAAACCAUCGGUUGAAUCUGGAAUCAGAGCUUCGCAUCGGACAGACCAUCACCGGCUUAGUAUCCUCACUUCCCACUUGCAGAGCAGUUAUUAGCAAGGAAUAACGUGAUAAUCGAUCGAGAUGGCGGAUUCAUCAGAGGGAGAGGAAGAGGGAAAGCUUGCCAUAGGAAACCAGGUGCUUGUGGUGGAUGAAGAUCUUACUGAGAUGGGUAAAAAGGCUGCUUGGACUGUCAGCUCUUGCAAGCCCGGAAAUGGCGUUGUUUCACUUCGUGAUGACAAUCUUGACACCUAUUGGCAAUCAGAUGGAGCACAACCACAUCUGGUUAAUAUUCAAUUUCAGAAGAAAGUAAAGCUUCAAUUAGUGGUCGUGUAUGUGGAUUUCAAGCUUGAUGAGAGUUACACCCCUAGUAAGAUCUCUGUUCGGGCUGGUGAUGGAUUCCACAACUUGAAAGAGAUAAAAAGCGUUGACCUUGACAAGCCGACUGGUUGGGUCCAUAUUUCAUUAUCUGGGACAGAUCCUCGGGAGACUUUUGUGAACACAUUCAUGUUGCAAAUAGCCAUAUUGUCAAAUCACCUCAAUGGGAGGGAUACUCAUGUCCGCCAGAUUAAAGUCUACGGGCCUCGGCCGUGAGUAACUCUUCCUUGUCCUUCUCUGUUUAUUUUUUGGUUUUUCGUUUGCCCAAUUUUCUACAGCAAGCUCUUCUGCUUAAAUGCUAUACUCAUUACUACAGGAAUCCUAUUCCUCAUCAGCCAUUUCAAUUCACUUCUAGAGAAUUUAUCACUUAUUCUACUGUGAGAUGAAGCUCUCCCGUCCACUGAAGUUGGAAAAGUAAAGCUUGUGAAUGGACGCAAAGAAUUGUAACCUUUUUCACUUUUGUAGCUACUAAAAGAGAACAUUGCAAGGUUAAAUAUUUUCGGUAUGUAGAUUAUGCUUAAUUUGCUCGAAACCCACAAAAAAUUAUUGCUCUUCCCGUACCCACUAAUGCUGAAGAUGAUGACCUUUAGUGGAAUGAAUAGAUUUGAUUAAGGUUCAGUUUGACUCUUGUUAGUUUGCUUGGAGGAAUGUGACGCAUCUCGUUGUACCACUUACACAUAACCUUUCUGUGCCUUUCUUUCUUGCCUGUUUGUGCAGGAAAAAAAAAAAUUGAAAUUUGCCUACGCAACAUUUAGCUUUCCACCAUAACUGCGCAAGCUUUGAAAAGUAAUUUUGCACGAGCAAUUUAGAAGCCAUUGGUAUUAGAUUGAAGGAAUUGAAAAUCAUAUGUAUGAACAAAGAGAUUACUUAUUCCGAGAAUGUGCUCAGGCUGCAUGGUCAAAUACAGGACUCUGCAUGAUUAUUGUCAUUCUCAUCAUCCAUGCGCUUGAUUUAGUUUUGCUAAUUAUCAGAAUUAUGAGUACUAUGAUCUGAACACAAAAGAAUAACUUCUAAGCACGUACAUGGCACAAGAAAAAACACAUUCCAUUCUGAGCAUCCCGCCAGUGUACCCAUUUGCAAAGUGAGAUUAUGAAUCAUAACUUAGGGCCAGAUAGACAUUUCGUACAGAUAAACAAAUUACGCAGGUAGGCGAGCAACUAACGGAAAGUGAUCAUAUCUACAACCACAUCAACAAUCAUUCACAGGCCGGCUUGGUAUCAAAGCUGCUCAAGCAGAUUGCAAAGGCUUGGAAGGCAGAGAGGGGGUAUCGGUAAUCCAUGGUGAAGAUGUCCUUCCCAAUUUUUCCGAACUGCAAAAUCACUUUGUCUUGUUCUGCAGGUGGUACAUUGUGCGAUGAGUCAACAGCCGCCACGAGCUGGAAAUUUUUCACCGAGGCAACUGUAACACGCCCUUUAAAGUUUAAGCACCAACACUGCAAUUGCUCAUGCCAUCGAGGGGCCUUAUUUUUUAGCAUAAGUGGCUCCUUAGACUGCGGUGUUGCCAAAGGAGCCGAUCUUGGAAGACUCAGGUCACUUAAGUCUUUCACAGGAUCUUUUCCUCUGAAGACUGUUAGUAGGCAAGACUUAUCAUCAAAAGACUGUGGAAAUGAAAUUGGUGUGGGGGCAGUGCCACCUUCUUGAACUGAAGAGAUGGGAAUCGAGUUCAUGACACAAUGCAUGCGCCUGGGCCCUCUCGUACGAAGAACAUUCAAUUCAUAGGAAAUAGUGGCAACGCUGUAGUUACACGCAGGUAGUCUUGGAGAUACACGCUUUGCAUGGAAUCUCCUACUCAAAUUAGUGGUUUGUGGGGCUGGAGCGUCAGAAGGAGGUUGGCUAUCAUAAAUGGUAAACUUGGUGCCCAGAAAGUUAGACCUGCUUAGGAGAAACGUUUCACAUUUAAUCAAGAAGAAAGCAGCAAAUCAUGUAUCUGAAGAUGAUCUUAAUCUUUUAAAGACUUGCCUCAACUUUCCUACAUAGGUACUACUGGCUCGGGAAAAGUCAUCAGCAACCAAGGAUAUCACAAAUUCUGUGCUCGUUGCCCUUCUGAACUUCUUUGCUGCCAACAAAAGCUUGUCGUUCUCAUCCUCAGCUGUGUUCAAUGUUGUCACAUUUGAUCAGUCAAGAAAAUUCACUACUAUAGCUUUUGGGAGAGAAAAACAAAACUUGUCCUAAAAAAAAAAAACUAGUAUCGCCAAAUGCUUGUAUGGACAUCCAACAUGUUUAACCAAGAAGUCGAGUCGCACAAGCUAGGGAAAGUCAAAGGAUAGCAUAUUGACAUUAACAGGUAACAGCAUAUUAGCUUAAACUGAACUUCACAUUCCAAUCAAUUCAGUAUCCAAGCUGUGGACGCAAAAAAUCUUUCUUAAGACCACAGAAAGAAUUAAUAAUUCAGGAUUUCCAAGUGAGGGAUACUCCUAGAAACAAGGAUAACAAUGAUGUUCAAAAUGAUUUUCUUCUGGCCAUUGAUAAAUCCACUUCCUAAGAUGUUAAAUUACCCUUAUGCAACGAAGCCAAAAGCAAAACAAGGAAAGACGAGUUCCAACAUUAAGAAAAUAGAUUAGGAAAACAGAAAAUAAGGUAAAACAAUGGCUCCAUUAUAUAUGACCAAUAAGUGAAAUCAGUUGAUCGAUUGGAUAAAAAUGAGCAAAUCACAAAACUAAUAUAGUACAAUGGACAUAGAUUGUUGAAUAUAAAAGAGAAUACAGAUCACAUGACAUGCGAAAUUUGGGGCUGUAGAAUGAGACUUACAUGGGGUGAGACCAAAAUACAAUCGGUAAACUGAUGUUGUUCGCUCCCUUUUAAUAUAGCACUGAAUUGGGGAUUCGCGAGGACCGGGCUGUAUGACAAAAAAUAUUUAGCAACAUACGAUCAAAUAUUACUCCCAAGGCCAGGAUAGGAGAUUCAGGUUCAGUGCAAAAUAAACCAUCGAAUUGGCACGAUGUCCACAACACAAAGAUACAUAACAACUGUAAGCACAACUUGCCUGUUUUAAUGAUAUAGGAAAGGUGAGCCUGCCACAUUCCUCUAGGGUCUUCACAGUCUCCUUAGUGAUAUCUCUCCACGAUUUGCAGACAGCUGCGCAAAAGACGACGACUGCCCUAGCAGGCCAUGAAGUCUCACUCUCUUCGACCCUUCGUAUUAUGUCCAGAAGAAGCUCAGGGGGCAAGUUUGCCCACUGACCUUGCUGGAUCUCUUCAGGCACAACCACAUCGGGGGCUAUGUGAGACCUGGUUCUUUUCCGCCAGUGCUUCCCUUCAAUUCUUCUUCUAGAUAUAUUCCCAAUCCCCUCUUUCAUCUCCUUCAAUUCUCGAAUGAUGCUCUUGAACGACAUUUUAAAGGAUCAUUAAAAAAAAACCUACAAAGAGAUUGACAAAAUGACCCAGUCAAAAAAAGUGACUUGUCAACGAGCUACUGAAUUCUAUUAAGCCCCUCAGCCCACACGUUUAACACUAUCUUUACACGGUAGAUCUGAGAACAAAAGGGGUUCUAAGAUUUAGCUUAACAUUCAAUACAGCAGCCAUUCUUAACAUUCAAUCAUUUUGAAAUUUAAUAUAUGACAUAAAUAGGCAGACUGAGCUGUUAAUACAUGAAAGAAUCGGAUGUAAAUGCAUACAAAUGAAGGCCGUUGUCAAAAAGUCUAAAACACCCAAUCUAAAAAAGGAGCAAAAAUGAAAACUGGAUAAAUUCAUGAUCCUCUAUGUGGGAAAUCAAAUACCAAUGCCUUAAACAAAAUAAAGAAAGAUCCACCAUUCAAAUAAGAAGCAACGACAUAGAAAGGAAAAAGAAAGCCCGCGAGAAGAUUAAAAAUGGAAAUCGACAGAGCCCAACAGCAAAAAAGGGAAACUAAGGAGAACCCACCGGAGAAAAAAAAUGUGUGGUGGAUGGAUGGUGCCAACAAGCUCGAAUCUGUAGAGAUCGGGGAUGAAAUGGAUUAGAUCGAACAAGAAGAGAAAAUGCGGUCCAUCCCCUUUCCCGGCAGGUUGUUGGCAGAGGAAACCCAGAUCAGUUUCGCAUUACUUUCCCCUGCACAGUGCCGGGAAACACCAGCAAACCACCGGCUGGCUUUCCUGACGGGGAAAUGGGCACCAGCUGGAAUAAAACAGGCACGCACACACACACCUCCACAGCUCCCCCCUUUUUUCUCCUUCUAUUAGAAAAAAAAAGGAAAAAAUUUCUUAGCCCAAAUCUACUACUUUUUAAGCCUUUAAAAUGGGAUAUAUUGCAGUCAAUGACGAAGACACACACAAACACACGCCCUCCCACACGCACAUUAUACUAUUCGCUUUUUAG